AUGUUUGUUAUUAGUUUCCAAUCUCUUCUAAAUAUUUUCCUAAAUAUGUUUUCAGAUUGUUUUAAACAACGUAAAGAUUCUCAAUUUUUUCAUAUUUUUAAUGAUUAUCGAUUGAAUAUCAAAAUUUUAUUUUCAUCAUUAAUUAUCAUUAUGUUAAUAACAUGGAGUAUAUUCUAUGUAAUUAUUCCUAAUAAAACUAGCACUACUACUACUAAUAAUUAUAAUGGAAUAGAUCCAUUCAAUACAAAUAAUCCUUUGGAAAAGAAAAUUCACAUUGUGAUCUUAUUUGAUGGUGAUCGAGGUCUACAAUACUUGAAUAGCCUACUUAAAUCUAUUUUCUAUUAUCAAAAUGGAAGAUUUCGAUGUGAUUUAAAGGCUUGUUGUCUAUCAAACUUUUGUGACCCAUUUAUGAAUGAUUGUCAAACUGUUAUGAACAAUGUGUCAACAACAUAUACAACUGUAUUUCAUUUCUUAAUAACGACGAUUUCAUCAAAUAGUCAGUUGUUGAAUUUGAUGAAUACAUGGAAAAUACGUAAUAUGGAAUAUCAUUUUUACAGUUGUGGUGAUUAUUUGGCAGAUUUUUGGUGGAUUCAAUCUAAACAUAGUUCAGGCGCUAAACCAUUUUUAAAAUUGAUGAUUGCAACAAUUCUUCCACCUACAAUCAAUAAAGUAAUCGUACUGGAUAUUGAUAUACUACUUAAUACAGAUAUUAUUGAAUUAUGGAAUCAUUUUGAUUAUUUUGAAGAAACUCAGAGCAUAGGUAUUGGAUUAGAACAAAAUCCAUAUUUUCAAAAAGUUAUGACCAAGUUAGACAGCAACUGGAAAGGUUACGGAUAUAACAACGGUGUUCUGUUACUUCAUCUGUCUAAAAUACGAUCAACCAAUUGGAAUCAACUAUGGAUGAACAAAACUAAAAGAGCUCUUGCAAAACAAGGUUACCUAACCACUGGUGAACAGGAUAUUUUAAACUUAAUAUUAUUCGAAUUCAAAUACAUGUUAUAUGAGAUUCCAUGUGAAUGGAAUAUUCAAUUAAGUGAUGGAAGUGAUGAACAACGAUGUCCUGUAAGUUGGUUAACUUAUGCAGAAUUGAAAAAGCGUAAUUAUGCAACAAUUGUUAAACAACCAAAACUUAUUCAUAUUAAUCAUCAUAUAAAACCAGAUGAUGUAAAAGCGAAAUAUAUACCAACUGAGUACAUUGAUCAAUCAGAUGUCAUUCUUAAACAGUGGGAACUAUAUGAUAAAUUCGUGUCAGUUUACCGUCAAUAUACUAAAUUACAUGAAUCAUGUUUCCAAUAG